AUGUCGACCUUAAUUUCUUCGUAUUUUCUUGGCCUUGUGGCCUACGCGGCCGCGGCACCGUUGGCCUCAGGAGCUUCACCCCAUGGCACUCGAGUCUCCGGCGAGAUCCAGUGGGAACCCUGCGGGGACCUCGGAGUGAACGGGACAACGGAACUCGAAUGCGGUAGCCUAACUGUUCCUCUCGAUUACACUGAGCCUGAUUCUGGGGAGACGCUGGACCUCGAGAUCCUAAGGGUUCCUGCGCCAAACCAGCCCUCGAAGGGAAGCGUGUUCUUCAACUUUGGUGGCCCGGGAGCCAGCGGUGUCGCUGAGAUGUCCUUGCUGGGGUCCGUCUUGAGCGUAUUUGUCGGAGGCUCAUACGAUGUCGUCAAUGUGGUACCUCGAGGAACCGGCAACACACUCCCAUUCUCCUGCUAUGAAGAUGAAGAGGAGCGAAUCGCAUCUCACUUGCGGGCCCCUUUUGCUACAAACGCCUCCGAUACUUCCCUCGGAGAGGUCUGGGCGGAGGUGAAGAACAAAGCAGACGCGUGCGUUCACACGCAGAACGAGACGGGGACCCUUAUCGGAACGGCGUUCACGGCUCGGGACAUAAUGAACGUGGUCGAUGCCCUGGAGGAAGACGGCAAGCUGAGAUGGUGGGGCCAGUCUUACGGAACGCUCCUCGGAUCGACGCUCAUUGCCAUGUUCCCGGAUAAGAUCGACAAAGCUGUCCUGGAUGGUGUCAUGGACGCGCAUGAGUACUACCAUAUCAAUGUGGACCAGGUGGCGGAUGCCGACAGCGCCUUUUCCGGGUUCUGCUCCCAGUGCGUCGCUAACAAGGAUAUGUGCCCUAUCGCCGGCGACCGUACUGCCGAAGAGCUUGAGGAAGAUAUUUACGCGGCGAUGGAGGCGCUGAAGUCCGAGCCCAUCCCCGUGUCCGUGGAAGGUAAAGGAUACAUCGUCGACUACGCAGCCAUCAAGGGGACAAUCUACCACGCCCUCUACUUCCCUGCAACGUGGCCCGCACUCGCUGAGAAGCUGGACGUGAUGUUUUCGGGAAACAUCACGGGCAUUCUUCCUGACCUCGUGGCCCCCCUGCCGGUCACCCGGGACGCGGAAGCUCUCCAGGGGAUCAAGUGUAGUGACAAUCAGGACCCUCUAGAGACUCUUGCGGAUGCACUCCCAGGUGUGGAGGCGCGGGCGGAGCUGAGCAAGAUUGGCGGCGAUCUCGCCGACUUUAGUGCUCUGCAAUGUGCGCGCUGGGGAAUGCCGGCAAAGGAGCAGUACACCGGCGACUUCAAGGCCAAGACUAAGAACCCGGUCCUCCUGGUCAGCACCCAGCACGACCCCAUCACGCCACUUGUCUCGGCCAAGAAAAUGAGUGAGGGUUUUGAGGGAAGCGUGGUGCUGGAACAGGAAGGUUACGGACACACGAUAACUUCGCAAUGCUCUGUGUGUACUAUUAAGGCGAUAAUGGCGUACUUUAAUGAUGGCACUCUGCCCGAGCCCGAUACGGUUUGCGAAGUUGAUGCAGUGCCCUUUUCCGGAGAUAAUGGGCUGGCAGCUGUCCUGGAAGCGAUUGGCAACAGCGCUAUAGAGGAAUGA